GAAAAAUCAAACUUGUUCUUAAAAUAAAAACCUUAAAGCUCAUCUCCCAACUCAUUAGAGUUUCUUUUGUUGAGCUUUAUUAAUUUUACAAAUAUUUUAAAAAGUUUGCAUUGGAUGCUCUUAAAAGUGAGUUUAAUACAAAUCUAAAUUGAUAAGUACAUAGACAAACAAGCGGGUGGGAUUUUUUGGUCCCUAAAAUUACGAUUUUAGUAAUCUCCACUUAUUAAAUAGAUGAAGAGCAUCAAAAUUAAUUAACCAAUAGUGGAUCAUUCUCUCAUCCUCGUAGAUGGAGGUGAUAAAUAAAAUCCAGUUUCGACCUCGACCAUUAUUAUUAUUAUCCCAUAUACUGAGCUAGUCCUGGACCGACUACUAUUACUUAUCCCUCUAUGAUAUAUCAAGUGAUUAUUAAAAAUGAUAUAAAAUUGAUAUAUAGUCAAAUAAAGGUAAACUUUUAUCCUGAUGAACAUUAUUUUUCUUUAUUUUUUUUAAAUAAUAAUAAAAGGGCCUUUUUUUUAUCUCCAUUGAUGCGGCCGCACCUCCACUUGUUCUGGUUCCCCAUCGUGAUUCACAAGACGACGCACGCAGCGGCGAACGCCUCGAUCGCCAUGGACGUCGAAGGUCGGGACAAUGGCGCCGCCGCCUCGGCUGAUCCACCUCCCGCCACCAUGAGCAAAUCCUUGAAGCGCGCACUCGUCGCCCUCAACUGCGUCCUCAUGGCGCUCGGCAACACCGGCGGGCCCCUCAUCUCCCGCCUCUACUUCCGCGGAGGCGGUCACCGGCAGUGGCUCGCUAGCUGGCUGGAGACCGGUGGGUGGCCCCUUCUUCUCCUCCCCCUCAUCUUCUCUUACCGCUACCGCAGCCGCCGCUCUCCGACGAAGCCCAAGUUGUUCUUCCUCACGCCGCGCAUCUUCCUCGCCUCCGCCGUCCUCGGCCUCCUCACCGGCCUCGACGACUUCCUCUACGCCUACGGCCUCGCCUUCCUCCCAGUCUCCACCUCCGCCCUCCUUAUCUCGACCCAGCUCGCCUUCACUGCCUUCUUCGCCUUCCUCAUCGUGCGCCAGCGCUUCACCGCCUACUCCAUCAACGCGGUGGCGCUGCUCACGGUGGGCGCCGUCAUGCUGGGACUCCACGGUAGCUCCGACCGUCCCGCCGGUGUGAGCCAAGCCGGGUACUACCGCGGGUUCGUGCUCACCCUGGGGGCGGCGGCACUCUACGGCCUCGUCCUCCCGCUGGUGGAGCUCGUCUACGCCAAGGCGGAACAGACCAUCACCUACACCCUCGUCAUGGAGAUGCAGCUCGUCAUUGGUUUCUUCGCCACCGCCUUCUGCACCGUCGGCAUGAUCGUCAACAACGAUUUCCAGGCAAUUCCGAGAGAAGCGAGGCACUUCGAUCUCGGCGAGGUGAGAUACUACGUGGUCCUGGUCUGGUCCGCCAUCUUCUGGCAGUUCUUCUUCCUCGGCACCGUCGGAGUCAUCUUCUGCGUCAACACGCUCCUCGCCGGAAUCCUCAUCGCCGUCUUCAUUCCCAUCACCGAGGUGCUCGCCGCCAUCUUCUACCACGAGAAAUUCACGAGCCAGAAGGUGGUCGCCCUCUUGCUCUCCCUCUGGGGCCUGGCUUCUUAUUCUUACGGAGAAUACACGGAACAGAAGGAGAAGAAGAGCAAGAAGAAACAAAACUACAUCACUGUUAGUGAUCAAGCUCCAUGAUCGAUGCUCACUAGAUUGUUCUGUGUUGUGCGCUUAAUAAAAAUGUUUUUCUAUCCAUGAAAAUAUUAGAACAAAUCUAUAACCAAAAUUUAAACGUCUUGAUUAAUAAAAAAAAAAUGUUGAUAUA